UCUCCCUGCCGGGCCGGAAGGGCAGUCCCCCGGCCUCCGCAACUUGGCUGCUGGCAGCGCAGGGAUGGCAGCAGCUGCGGCAGCAGCGGCGACUGCCGCUCCGGGAAGCACCGGCAUGGACGCCCGGCUGGACCAGGAGACGGAGCGGUGGCUGCGGUGGGACAAGAAUCCUUUAACUUUGGAGUCAGUGAAACGGCUGAUUGCGGACGGUAAUAAAGAAGAACUACAGAAAUGUUUGGGUUCUCGAAUGGAGUUUGGGACAGCUGGCCUUCGAGCUGCUAUGGGAACGGGAACUUCUCACAUGAAUGACUUGACCAUCAUCCAGACUACACAGGGAUUUUGCAGAUACCUGGAAAAGCAAUUCAGUGACCUGAAGCAAAGAGGUGUUGUGAUUAGCUUUGAUGCCCGAGCUCAUCCACCAAGUGGAGGCAACAGCAAAAGAUUUGCCCGACUUGCUGCAACCACAUUUAUCACUCAAGGGAUUCCUGUGUACCUCUUUUCGGGUAUAACUCCAACCCCCUUUGUUCCCUACACGGUGUUGCAUUUGAAACUUUGUGCUGGAAUCAUGAUAACUGCCUCCCACAAUCCAAAGCAGGAUAACGGGUACAAGGUCUACUGGGACAACGGAGCUCAGAUCACCUCUCCUCAUGAUAAAGGGAUUUCUCGAGCUAUUGAAGAAAAUCUGGAGCCGUGGCCUCAAGCUUGGGAUGAUUCUUUAAUUGAUGGCAAUCCACUGCUUUGUGACCCAACUGUUUCCAUCAACAAGAGCUACUUUGAAGACCUUAAAAAAUACUGUUUUCACAGGAGUGUGAACAAGGAGACGAAGGUGAAGUUUGUGCACACCUCUGUCCACGGUGUGGGUCAUGAGUUUGUGCAGUCAGCUUUCCAGGCUUUUGGCUUUGCUCCUCCAGAGGCUGUUCCCGAACAGAAAGAUCCUGAUCCUGAGUUCCCAACAGUGAAAUACCCGAAUCCCGAGGAGGGUAAAGGUGUCUUGACUUUAUCUUUUGCCUUGGCUGAUAAAACCAAGGCCAAAAUCGUUUUAGCAAAUGAUCCGGAUGCUGAUAGACUUGCUGUGGCAGAAAAGCAAGACAGUGGUGAAUGGAGAGUGUUUUCAGGCAACGAGUUGGGGGCCCUCUUGGGCUGGUGGCUUUUUACUUCUUGGAAAGAAAAGAACCAAGAUCCCAGCGCCCUCAAAGACUUGUACAUGUUGUCAAGCACCGUCUCCUCCAAAAUCUUACGAGCCAUUGCCUUAAAGGAAGGCUUUCACUUUGAGGAAACACUAACUGGCUUUAAGUGGAUGGGAAACCGGGCCAAACAGCUAAUGGACCAGGGGAAGAAUGUCUUAUUUGCAUUUGAAGAAGCUAUCGGGUAUAUGUGUUGCCCUUUCGUCCUGGACAAGGAUGGGGUCAGCGCCGCGGUCAUCAGCGCAGAGUUGGCGAGCUUUCUAGCAACCAGGAAUUUGUCUUUGUCUCAGCAGCUGAAGGCCAUCUAUGUUGAAUAUGGCUACCAUAUUACCAAAGCUUCAUAUUUUAUCUGCCAUGAUCAAGGCACCAUUAAGAAAUUAUUUGAAAACCUUAGAAACUAUGAUGGGAAGAAUAAUUAUCCAAAAACUUGUGGCAGAUUUGAAAUUUCUGGCAUUAGGGAUCUGACAACUGGCUAUGAUGAUAGCCAACCUGAUAAAAAAGCUGUUCUCCCUACUAGCAAAAGCAGCCAAAUGAUCACCUUUACCUUUGCGAACGGGGGCGUGGCCACCAUGCGGACCAGUGGGACGGAGCCCAAAAUCAAGUACUAUUCGGAACUGUGUGCCCCCCCUGGAAAUAGCGAUCCGGAGCAGCUGAAGAAGGAACUAAAUGAACUAGUCAGUGCUAUUGAAGAACAUUUUUUCCAGCCACAAAAGUACAACCUGCAACCAAAGGCAGAAUAAAAUAUUCCAGCCUUGGGCAUAAUUACAAUUAAGCUGAACUUGAUUCGCUCAGCAGUGUUUUUGAGGACCAAACGACUUAAACAAUUGCUACAAGUAUUUAUAUAUUUUUCAUAGACCUACAUUCCUCAUUGUUCUAUUUUUGACCUUUAAGAUGAAUAAAGAAAAGAUGGCCAAGCCUAACAAACCAGCAUUCCUAUUAAACAGUUGAGCCUGGGCACUAUCUGAAUUUUAAAAAAAUGAAGAUUUUAAAAAUAGCUAACUUUCAAAAAUAUUUUUUAAUUAAUAUGUUUUAAUUAGAAUGAAUGGCAAACGUGUCUCCUCUAUAAGUCUUUUUAUGGAUAAUUGCAAUUGCCAGAAAGCCUAUACAGUUUCCAAAUUCUGGCUGUCAUAGGAUAACCACUUUCUAGGUAUAUGUAUAUUUAUAUUUCUAUCAGUUGCUUAUAAGGUAAAAUAUAUAAACAAAUCAAAGGUCAUGUUCAUGUUCAGGGAACCUAAAGUGGAGGAAUUUACAAGAACCUAUAAAGUGGACCAAAAGAUACUUUACAAAGAUAUACAUUUUUUUAACCUAAACCUUUUUAGUUCUAAUAAUACAUCAUUAUACAUUGUAUAUCUGCUAGGAAAAAAAAACAGCCUAACCAUCUUUGUUCAGUGCAUUAACAUUCAUCUCUUUAAAGCUUGAAUUAAAAAUUGGUUAUUUGAAACUGCAAAGUACUUUUUUGUAUGGUUGUUUGCUUUGGUACAAAUUCAUGUAAUUUUUGGUACCGAGACAGCAAGGACUAUAAGCAUUAACUAUUUACCUGAUUUGGUUUUUGUGCCUUGUUCAUAUGUGAUUAAAAUCUAAAACCAU